AUGGAGCUGGUGGCGGACAGGGCCAAACAGCUCCGCUUCCUCCACGCUGUGCCGCGUCUCUGGUUCUCGGCACAGAAGCAGGGGCGGGACACCCUGGAGCCCCCGGUCUCCAAGGCGGCCCUCGUGGAGAGCAUUGCGGAGCUGAUUGAAAAUCUCCCUGGUCCGUCAGAGCCAAGCUCCAUCAUGCCCAGCUCCAUGGCCGCAGUUUGCAGUCUCAGCAAACUGAAGCCACCGCUCGCCCUGGAGCUAGAAUCUCGCCUCCCGCGGGCUCUUCUGAACAGGAUGUACACCCUGGGCACUGGGCAGGGCACCACACACUUCCGGAGCCUGGACAUCCUGCUCAGGGGCCUUCUGACAGAGACCCCCACCGUGGAGAAGCUGCAGCACCUCCUGGAGACCUCCUCCGCCUUUUCCAAGGCAGGUGAAUUCGUGCUGCAGCUGGGUCUCUGUGUAUCCCACCCAGCCAGUGACAUCAGUCGGCAUGCCAGGGGUGGGAUAUAUUGGCUUUUCUGGCUCCUGCUUCAGAAGAGGGGGCUCAACACCAGAGAGGCCCCACACCUGUGGUGCCGGGACGGGCUCCAUGACCCCGAGCGCCUGGGGUAUAGAAAUCUGGCCAGGGUGGGAGAGGUCUUUGGCGAGCUCUUCACGGAGGAGCAGAAAAGAUCUUUCCUCGAGGCGGGGCUGCUGGCCAUCCACGACCCCCUACUCCGCGUCAGCCAGGCUGGCCUGGUGCUGACCUAUUCCAUCUUGGGGGAAGCCGGCCAGCUGCUAGAGGACGAGGGGGACAUCACAGCCAACAUCAUGGUCCAGCUGUUUAAUAUCAGGGUCUUGGGCCAGGUGCCCGAUGCCCUGCAGGGGCUGUGCUCCGUGGGGCAGCCUUGAAGACCCCCCCCCCCUCGCAUGACCAGCUCCCACCCCCUGCCGCAGCCUCGCUCCAGGCCCUCUACUCACCCACUCCAGCACUGCCUCUUCCUCCUCCUGAUCUUCCCCAACCCCUCUGAUUUCGACUACACGGAUUCGACCUUUGCAUGGAUACGGACUUUGGCUUGUACUUCUGACCACCCGACUUCGACCUGUGGCCUGGACAUGGACACUGGCUCUGGUUCUGCCAGACAUACUCAACACCCGGCAGCAGUAGAAAGGCCCCACCAUUAAUCAAAGCCUAACCCCGCCCCAUGACCCCCUAGUCCCUCCCACCUGUCACCGGAAGUCCCGCCCCAUGGGGGUAUUUCUUCGUGGUCAAGGCGGCCACAUGACUGGAAGCCAGGUGUGUCAUGUGACCCCUCUAAGAACUCCUCCCACCACCCUCUACCAAUCAGGAUGGGUUUCAUCCUGGAAGGACCACCCCAAGAGGAGAUUUGACCGAUCAGGGCGAGCUCUGGGGUGGGAGGGUGACCCGUCCCGACGUGGGUCUUGUGACCCCUCUAGGAACUCCUCUCACUGCCCUCGACCAAUUAGGAUCGGUUUUGUCCUGACAGGACCACCCCAAGAGGAGAUUCUGACCAAUCAGGGUGAGUUCUGGGGCAGGGUCAAAUGCAUCAGUACUUUGAGAACAGAAAAGCAAUCUUUUUCUCUUGGUCGACAGAAACUUGUUGCAAGACAGAUCU